UUCGAAGCCCACACACGCCGUGUCUUCUCACAAUCUUACCCAAAGCUUACCACAUUCCUCAAACCUCCACAAUCACGGCCAUGGUCAAGUCAGGCAUUACCGCCGCUUUCUUUGGCGCUAUGCUCGCGACAGGUGUCUCCGGACAUAUGAUCAUGAAGACGCCUGUUCCAUAUGGCAACCCCGACAAAAGCCCGCUCGACGCCUCCGGCUCGGACUUCCCCUGCAAGAAUGUACCCUACGAUGUCAAAGCGAUGAACAACAUGAAAGUCGGGGACACCCAGACGUUGUCAUUUACCGGCACCGCAACCCAUGGGGGCGGUUCAUGUCAGCUAUCAGUCACGACGGAUAAAAAACCAACAAAGGAUUCGAAAUUCAAAGUGAUUUAUUCAAUUGAGGGUGGAUGCCCCGGUCCAGGACCUGGAAAUGAUCCCCCAAGCACCUUUACGUUCAAGGUUCCUAAAGAAGUUCCCAACGGCGAAUCCACCCUUGCAUGGACCUGGGAAAAUAAGGUUGGCAACAGCGAAUUCUACAUGAACUGUGCGCCGAUUACUGUUUCCGGGGGUGCGACCGAUCAUUCCGCUUUCGAUAAGCUUCCCGAUAUGGCCGUAGCCAACAUCGCUUCGCAGAAUCAGUGCAAUACCACCGAAAAUUUCGAUUACAAGUACGAUAAACCAGGAGAGUACAAAACUGUAAUCGGCAAUGGACCAUUUGCUUCCCUUUGCGGUGGCCCUGCACCUCCAGAUGGCGGUCAAAGUACUCAGCCUGCGACGAUGCCGAGCACUGGUGCUCCGAGCCAGACUAUGAGCAACCCAAGCAUUCCAACAGGCAGUCCAAAUCCAGGCAUCCCGAGCCCUUCGGCGAAUCCGGCUCCUUCCGCACCCGUCGCUCCCUCAGCUCCCUCAGCUCCCUCAGCUCCCUCGAUGAGCACACCUGAUAUUCCAUCUCUGAGCGCACCUCCAGCUGGCCUCGUUGAAUCUUCACUCACCACACUCCUUACGGUGACCGGCUCGCCAUCCAUCCCAGCAGCUCCAUCUGGCUCGCCUUCGACCGGAGGCGGAGGUGGUACUUGCAGCGGCGAUGGCACCAUCGUUUGCAAUGACGCAGACCAAUUCGGCAUCUGCAACCACGGCAAAGUCGUCUGGGAGCCUGUGGCCGCCGGAACGAAAUGCCAGAACGGAAAAAUCGCCAAGCGAUAGAGGAUGGGUAGCUCAAUAUUUCUUCUAUCUUGAUUGUUGUAUCAAUUUGUUUGGAGAACAAGAUUCAUUGAUUUUGACUUUCUUUCCCCUCGCCCCUUACAAUUCUACGCCGUCGUCUUCAUGCGA